UCCCCUCCCUUCCCCGCCUGGCCCCACCCCACGUGACCCUGCCUGUCCAAUGGGCGCGCGGGGCGGUGGGGAUCCGGCUGGAACCGGUUGGGCCGCGUCCGGCUCUAUAUAAAACUUUAUAAACAGCCGCUCCGCAAUCCGUGGGGUCGGUCAGAGAAGCAGCGGAGCCCCCGCCGCCGGCACCACCGCAGCCGACCCGGCCGGGCCCGGCCCCGCCGCGCACCCACACCGCCCGCUCCUUCCCCUUUCCCCCCCCCCACCCCUUCCCUCCUCCUGCUGCCCUCACUUCCCUUCCCUCCCGCUCCUCGCCGCCGCCCCGCACCGAGCGCGCCCGGCCCCCCCCACCCCUUCCCCACCUCUCCGCCCUUCCUCCGCCUUCUCCCUCCGCCCCCUUCACGCCGCGCUCCGCUGUCCCUCACACACACACACAACACGCCCGCACGGAGCCAUGCCGAAGAGAAAGGCUGAAGGAGAUACCAAGGGCGAUAAGGCCAAAGUUAAGGAUGAGCCACAACGGAGAUCAGCGAGGUUAUCUGCUAAGCCUGCUCCUCCCAAGCCAGAGCCUAAACCUAAAAAGGCAGCUCCAAAGAAGAGUGAGAAGUUGCCCAAGGGAAAGAAGGGGAAGGGUGAUGCUGGCAAGGAGGGAAACAACCCUGCAGAAAAUGGAGAUGCCAAAACAGACCAGGCACAGAAAGCUGAAGGUGCUGGUGAAGCCAAGUAAAAUGUGUGAAUUUUUGAUAACUGUGUACUUCUGGUGACUGUACAGUUUGAAAUACUAUUUUUUAUCAAGUUUUAUAACAAUGCAGAAUUUUGUUUUACUUUUUUUUAAGCUAUGUUGUUAGCACACAGACCGCUUCGUUGUUGUGUUUGGGGGGGGGGGGUGGGAGGGGGUGGGAACAGUGGGGACAAAUGUCACUUAGUCUAUUUCUCAGAACCUAAAUUUUAAUAAGAAAAAGUUCUCCCCGUCUCCCAGUUUUUUUUGGAAGAAGGGCUCUUCCUCAAUAGAGGAGGAAGAGAUUCCUUCAUGCUGCACAUGUGUUAAGCUCUGUGAAGUGCAUCCGAGUGAACAUCAAAGCUCCCAAGAUGCCCGUUGCCCGCUUCCGAACAGCAGUUUGUAGAUCCCUUUGUGUUUCCUUUGGUGUCCGCGUUGUUUGCCCAGACCCAUCGCUCCGAAACAACGGCAAAACUGGCAUUUUGGGACUUGCCACCCAGUGUAGUGUCAGGGUGUGUAGGUCGGGGUACAACAGCUCUGCCAGGAGCUGCGCUUCCUCUUUUAUAUUGUGGAUCUUCAGAUUAAGAAACCUGCAUUUUAAGUUUUGUUUUCCUCUCAAAAGUCAGGGUAGGUUUGUGAAGAGUUGUUAAACAACAUGCUAAAUGUGAAAGUGUCCACCCUCACUCUAAACUUUUCCCUCUACCGAGUAUGAAAUGAAGAUUCUUCGGUUUUAUAGCAACUUUUACGUUCUGGUAGUCCAUGGAGGGAGGGGAGUUCGACAGUUGUUGUAAAAUGUUGCAGAUUGUAGCCCAUGUCCUGCCUAAAUUACCAUGAUUGUUUAUGAAAAGUACCUUUAAUAAAGCUGGAUACGGUUUGGCUUGGACUGUU